AUGGAUUUUGAUGAUAGCUAUUGCUAUUUGGAGAAUAAUUUUAAUCAGUUUCAUCUGAUGAAUUUACUUUCUCCAAGUGAUUCUGGUAUCAAUCUUGACAGUACCAAUGAACAAAGGAAUGAUCAGCUUUCGGAAAUUAUUGAUAAUUUGGGACUUGAAUUGAAUUCACAAGAUAAUAAUGGAGUAUUUGUAACAGAUGAUUCAUCAAUAUUUGAUACUGUCACACUUGACAAUCAUUUAAUCAAUCAAAUAUUCCCUAACGAUGCUUCACCAUCCACCAGUGAUUCUGGAAAUUAUUCGCCAACAUAUUCUACCUCAGAUGAUCAAAAUGCUUCUGAUAAUGACCGAAUUACAAAUUUCUUGCAAGCCUCACAAAUAAAUCAGUUGGAAACGAAAUUCGCUGCAACGCCUAAUCCAAGUCAUCUUGUUCCCGUUCAGAUUCCACUUCAACAGAUUCUAACAAAUGGUAAAAGCACGUCAAGUCAUCCAGUGAUUUGCAUUAUGCCGACAGUAACCCAUUCCAUUUCUGAUAAUUCACAGCCAGCUGCUAAUCAAGACAAACAACGGAUUCUAUCGCCGAAACAUGAAAGACCAUCAUCAACAUCAGCAUUUACAAGCACUCCUGCUAAAAAUGUAAAUGCAACUGUCCUUACUUCUGUGAAUAAUCUUUUCAAUGCAUUAUCAAAUGGUGUUGCACAUUAUGGCAGACCAGAACGAAGUACCAAAAUGAAUAUUCAUUUUGUGGACUAUGAUCGUAAAAAAGAGGAUAGAAAAAUACGGAACAGAUACUCGGCGCAACUUUCUCGGAUUCGGAAAAAAAAUGAAAUCAAUGAAAUGAAAAGAAAUUUGGCUAACAAAGAUACUAUUAUCGAGAAGUUGAAAAAUAAAAUCGAAAUUUUAAAUGAAACUAUUGAAACUUUACGAAGAGAGAAUGAAGUGUUAAAAUCAAACGCUAAUAAUCGAAAUAGCGGUGGUCGUUUAAUUCCUGAUGCAAUAAGUCUUGUUGCACUAAAUUUUGCGAAAUCAAAUGCAUAUUUUUCACAAAAUAGAAUAAAGGCUGAUCGAGCUCUUCUUUCUUUGGAUUAUGAUAUUGGCUCAGAAUCAAGGGGAAAUUCACAAUCAAAUAGGAAGUCUGAUCCUUUAUCUCAAUCAAACCUGAACUAUUCAGCGAAAUGUGAUAGCAUGCAGAAGAGAUAUUUAAAUCAAACUGAAGCAAUGAAAUUGAAUAAUGAUGUAUUUGCAUGGAUUAAUCGGCAUGAAUGUUUGCAAUUUGUGCAUAUUCGACAUAUAUUUCGUGUUCCAAUAAACGGAGGGCUAACAACCCCGAAUAUAACAAUGAAAUCUGUACAAGAUGCUGCGGUAAGAAAGAUAAAACGUAGAGAAAAUCGUCAGCAGCGGACAGCAAAUGACAAAAUGGAAGCCGCACGUUUAAAAGCAAUACGUGAACGUACAUGGAGACAUAUUGAUAUGAUUAGCUCUACUGCUGACAAUACAGCAAUCAAAUCACAAGUCAAAACAAUGGAUUAUAAUGUUAUCAGUUCCGAACAUUACUUAACUAAUUGGUUACAAGAUAAAACAGAUGCACUUACGGUUUUGGAUAUGGAAUCACAGUAUGCAGAACUUGCACGAAAUUUAAAACAACGCGAAGAUACACUUUACAUUGUUGCGAUGAAGAAUUAUUAUUUGCUACCAGCAACGGAUCGAAAUAGUACAAUGCAACCACGUAUGGCUCUUAUUUUACCUGCUCUAUCAUUUAAUGGUACAUUACCAAAUCAGGUAGCAAUGAUGCGCCUUGAAUGUGAUAUUACGGGAACAGGUUUAUUCCAUCUUCCGAGUUCACUUUUGCCGUUAUUUUAUGAUCGAUCAGCCCAUCAGUAA